GCACACGUAUAUAUAUUCUAAAUAUGUAGAGGUAUAUAUAUAUACAUAUAUGUACACGUACAUUGUGUAGAACGUGUGUAUUACAUACGAUAUACGAUGCGCGUGUCUCCGCAUAGUGUCGACAUGGCUUACUUCGUAUCUUGGCGGGGUAUUGAGAUGCCGGGAUUCAUCUUUUUUCAGCAAAUCCGUUUUAUAUCGUCUGGGUCAACCUCGGAAAAACUGUAAUUCAAGAAGGACGCAGUCACUUUAUUUGAGUUGAGAACCUAUGUUAAUGCUCUCCCUGACGGGGUUACCUCUUAAAAACCAUCCAACGAUGAUGCUCUCUCAGGCCUAUCAGCGUCAAUUUCCCUUCACAAUUCCAUUUUAUAUACGCCAUCUGGUUAUUUUUUUUGGGCCGCCGUUCGCAUCACCGCGACAAAUAUAGUUGUGUAUAUUUACCGUCAAUACGGCUAGCAUGGUUGCCAGUUUGUAAAUGUGUGCAUAGCCGACGAUAAAUGUAACAUCUUUUUACUAUGUUCGGUUUAACAGCAAGUCUUUUUACUUUUGCUGCGACCAGUUCUACACCGAAACCGGCCAAAUCCCAUGACGGCCUGACCGUAGAUUCGGCUUCUGUAGAUCACGAACAAAAUGGCAGGGAGUCCGAGCGGGCGAUCGAGAGUUCUAGACCAAAAAGUUCAAUUAGCCUAUUUAGAGAAUUCGAAAUUCACGACACAUGGGCGUGCAUUUCUGCCAUUCAUCGAAAUAAUAGCAAUUUGGCGCUUUGCAACUAUUGCUGUUUUAUGCUUUACCAGAUGCCUGUCUCUGAGGUCGAAUUCUACCUCCCACAGCUUUGUAUCUUGCUUGUUUACCAGCCUCGACAUAUCGCCAUGCUCGAAAUGUUCAUUUUGGAUCAGUGCGCCCGAAGCAUCCAUUUUGCGCUCAAAACAGAUUUUUUGCUAGAUGCCGUCUCCACACCUGACUCGGGCUAUUACAUGGAGCGGGUCGGGAACCUGAGGUACGCCGUACAAUUGGCCGCAAUUGAUGGUACCAGACCAAAGCUGGGUAAGAACGCUAGCCCUAUUACCUUGCAUACUGAAGGUGGAACCAAGAAGGAGCGCAGAAGCGCUAUGGUGCAAGCCGAAAAAAGUUACUCAGAUAGCAGUUUAGUGUGGAUGAGCGACGACGAGACCUACAUGCCCAAAUCCUACCCCGUUUUUUUUGACUGGUGUUGUCAAGGGGAUGAAGAAGAAGCGGAGUCGAUGAAUUGCUGCUUCGAAAAAGUCGAGGACGAGCAGGUUAGGUACGAGGCGUACAAGACAGACUUGAAAAAAGAGCCAGACAGCCGUGAUAAAGAAGGAGAGGCUGUUGAGACAGUGAGGGUAAAAGCAAGCGAUGAUGGCGUUAAGGAGUAUCCUGCCGAGGGGGACAAACAAUCUUCAACAUCAUCACUCAAGAACGACAAGGUCGAAGAGAGAGAUGGUGUAAGUCCUCCGACUUACGAAGCAUCCGGCAAAUGCGGUUCCCUGCCCAAUAUUAGCGUUUCAGAGAUGAGCGAGAAACCUAAGCUUCCGUGUUCUCAUUUAGGAUUAUCGAGUAAAGAAUUAUGGACAAAAACCUCGUUGGCCAGCCUCGAUCUCGAAUUGGCAGUACCUUAUUCACGCUCAGACCGAGCUACAAACGACACGUUUCUUCAGCUGGAUUCGACGUCGUUCAAUCUAUUGGGUGUGCCUCUUCUCUCAUCUGAUAAGAGGGUCCGAAAUACAGGGCAGUCGCCGGUGGAUGACUUAUCCGCGGGUAAGAGCUAUCUUCCCCUGUUCCCAAUUCGAAGGCGACACUCCGGAUCCCUCCUGCCUACGAAAAAACCGCUUGUUGGGUCGGUGAGAAACUCAAUAUCCGUAACCGGACAGAACGUGGGAUACGUACGCAAUUUACGGUACAAGUACAUUUGGUCCAUCAAGAGGUUUGUUAAGGAGUUGUCGGACAUUGGCAGUCGUUUGCUACAGGCUCCUGAAGAAGCUCGUGCCAAAAAUCUUCGCAUUUAUCUCCGAGAGCUCAAUAUGAAGAUGAGCUCCGCUGGCGAAAACCCGAAGCAGUCCAUUUAUAUGCCUGGACUAUACUUGCCCUUUUCUAAGAGUCACGAGCCUCAUUACAGCAUCGUGCGGAUUCCGGAACAUGAGGCGAGCGUUUUGAAGAGCAAAGUUCGAGCACCGUACAUGAUCUAUUUCGAAACGAUCUCUUUAGCUCCGCUGGAGAGGGAGGCCCGGGAUGAUUUAGCGACUGAUUUUGCGUUCGAAGAAAAGUCGCUCAGGGCCGUGGAUGCGCGACUGGGCUCUGAGAGGCUCAAAGGACAUUUGUUUAGAGAAAGUGUUAUUUGGACGCGCAUGAGUGAGAAAUUUCGCUGGAAAAAAGUGUCCGACUUGCUGAAAAUUUACCAUCAAUCGUCUUAUAGGCAUAUGAAUCGGAGCUUGCUUCUGAAUUAUACAAGAAACCGUCUAGGCAUGAAUUGCGGUGAUCCGUUGUUAGAGAUGUUGGCGUUGACCUAUAUGCCGUUUUUGUCUCCCAAGGCGCCUCCGGCUUCUUUGUCCUUGAAGAACGCUAGAACGCCUUUGUCGACAACGACGAACGGCUCGACAACUUCCCUUUUGAAUCAGGACAACACGUCUGAACUGGCCGGAGAGCCUGCCGACAUUCAGGAACUGUUGUCCAAGCCUCAAAAUGCGAAUACGCUGCACCUGCGCGAGCUGUGGAGAUCCAAGGAAAAGCGCAUUCGAUUGCACUCGCCGUUUGGGGGUUAUACCGGGUGGCGUCUCCAGAGCGUGAUUGUCAAGUAUGGCAAGGACUGCCUUCAGGAACAGUUGUCUCUACAGCUCGUUCGACAAUUUGCGGAUAUUUUCAAGGCAAGCGAUCUUCCGUUGAUUUUGGUGCCCUACGAAGCGUUCGUCCUUGAUGGGAAUUCCUGUUUAAUUGAGCCUCUUGUGGAUACGUUCUCAGUUCAUCAACUGAAGAAAUACAACAACAACAUCACAUUGAACGAGUAUUUUCUAAGAAAGUGGAACGGACCUCAUUCACCUGAGUACAAAGUUGCCAGGAUCAAUUUCACCCGAUCGCUUGCCGCCUAUUCGCUAAUUUGCUACCUUCUACAGCUCAAGGACCGUCACAACGGGAACAUUCUUAUCGACGACAACACGGGCUACAUCAUUCACAUUGACUGGGGAUACCUGAUUUUCAACUCCCCCGGCUCGAUGGGAUUCGAGAACGCGCCCUUCAAGCUGACUCAGGAGUACGUGGACGUGCUCGGCGGAGUCGACAGCGCCCAAUACAAGCUGUUCAAGCAACUAUUUAUCGAUGGGUUUUUUGAGCUUCGCAAGUAUGCCGACCGGAUUAUACAGAUGGUGGAAAUCAUGUUUAUGUGUGGCAAUACUCAAAAGCUGCCGUGCAGCAUAGGUGGCUAUCAGGCAAUUGAGUCUCUGGCACAGCGAUUUAUGCGCAACUUUUCGGACCAAGAGUGCAUUUGUCAGCUCGAAAAUUUGAUAUUCCUGAGCUAUGGUAACUGGAGAACGAAGAGAUACGACAAUUUCCAAUGGUACUCUAACGGUAUUUUUUACUAGCGAUGCGUGGCAGUGCUCUUGGUCGCGGCACACGCAUUCUCCUGCGCGCGGCAGGACACCACCGCCGCGGAAAAGAGGCUUCUCACCAGGUCGAGCUACAAAUAGAAGAGGAGUCUCUAUUGGCGUUGCAUCACAAGAACACAAUCAGUGUAACGGUAUUUUUCAUAUAUUUGUACAUUUCGAAA